AAAGCAAGGGCGACGCGAGGGGGCGGAGCCCAGACAGCAUCUGCAGAGGACGAGGGACGCGGUCCUCCUGCAGGUCUGACUUCUCCCCCCCAAAUAAAAAAAUUAAAAAAUUAAGAAAAAAAAAAUGAGCGGCCAGAACGAAGAUGACAACCACCCUCCAGGCGCUGAAGCCGAAGCCGAAGUCGAAACCGGCGGCUUGGUUCCUCCCGACCCUGCCCCUGACCAUCCAGACCUGAAGCCGAACCAGCGCGAGGAAGCCCAGGUGAAGCCAGAGAUGGCGGACGCAGGUGAGAGCAGCGUGGGGGCUGCGGCGGAGGGCGGUGCACCCCGGGCCUUCCCCGAAUGCGGCUUUGCGCUCCGCUUCCGAGUUCCCGGCAGCCGCAGCCGUGUGGUGAUCCGAGCCGGGAAGCCGAAAGAGGCUCCGGGUCCCAACCAGAGCCUGGAAGCGGCUUCUGCCCCCAGCCAGGAAAAUGGCUGUCAGCGUCGCAGCCCCUCUGCGGAGAAGGCGCCGGAAGCGUGUGGCGCAGAGGCUUUGGGGUCGCAGCUAGUGCCUGGGGCGAAGGCCAAGGACAUGGCUGCGAAAAAGGGGUCGGCCGCGGCGGCUGCAGAAGCAGAGGGAGGAGCUGAGGAGGCGGUGGAGGAAAAGAAGGGGGCGCCCAAGGAAAAGAAAGUGGGCGGAGGAGGAGGAGGAGGAGGGAAAGAGGAGUCAAGGCCCAGGGGUCCGAGGAUCAAUAACUGCAUGGAUUCGCUGGAGGCCAUCGAUCAGGAGCUGUCCAACGUCAAUGCCCAGGCUGACAGGGCCUUUCUCCAGCUGGAGCGUAAAUUUGGUCGCAUGAGAAGGCUCCAUAUGCAGCGCAGAAGUUUCAUUAUCCAGAAUAUCCCAGGUUUCUGGGUCACUGCCUUCCGAAACCACCCCCAGCUCUCACCUAUGAUCAGCGGCCUAGAUGAAGACAUGAUGAGGUACAUGAUCAAUCUGGAAGUGGAGGAGCUGAAACACCCCCGAGCAGGCUGCAAAUUCAAGUUCAUCUUUCAGAGCAACCCCUACUUCCGAAAUGAGGGGCUGGUCAAGGAGUAUGAGCGCAGGUCCUCCGGCCGGGUGGUGUCUAUUUCCACUCCAAUCCGCUGGCACCGGGGCCAAGACCCCCAGGCCCAUAUCCACAGAAACCGAGAAGGAAACACAAUCCCUAGUUUCUUCAACUGGUUCGCAGAUCACAGCCUCCUGGAGUUCGACAGGAUCGCUGAGAUCAUCAAAUCAGAAUUGUGGCCCAACCCGCUGCAGUAUUACCUGAUGGGUGAAGGGCCUCGCAGAGGAAUUCGAGACCCAGCAAGACAGCCGGUGGAGAGCCCCAGGUCCUUCAGAUUCCAGUCUGGCUAAAUGCUGCACCUUUGAGACGCCUCCUGCACAAGUCUCCUGACCCCCUUCUCCCCCCCCCCCCCACCUAUGCUUGCUGAUAGCAUGCACUCUUCCAUCUGCUUCCUCUUCACACUCAUUUUGUCCUCCGCUUUUCAACCUUCAUCUAAGUCUUCAACAGUCACUUGUGAGCUUGUAACUGAUUCUGCCUGCGCUGUUCUUCCGCUGGACCUUCGUGCUGUUCGGCUCCCUAUUACGUGUCCAGACUGUACGACUUCCCGCCGCUUCUAUGCCAAGUACAUUGUGCUGUAGAUACGCACUUGCCUUCCUUUGCAUGCCUUGGACUCUGUGACUGUGGUCUUGGUCUCCUCUGUUUUUCUUCAGUGGUUCUCUGCCACAAUGAAGCUUGAACUAUCUGUGCAAAGAACUAACUGGUCCUUACACUUGAUGUGGUGGUGUUCUUUGAGUUUCUUCUCUGCAAGAUGAAGCUAACAUAGAUGAUGCUGGCCAUCAAGCCACACUGAACAUUUCAAGCUACCAUUAACUGAAUUCUAACUGCCUUCGGGGACCUGUGCUUUUGACUCUGAUGGUUAUGUGGCAAUGCAGGUGGUGGUUGAGUGGCUGCUAGGCAUGAGUCCCGUAACAUUUGAGAGGUGUUCUGUACUGUCAUGUUGGUGUUAAUGCCUUUGGUCAUUCAGCAUGGUGACCAGGGGACUGGUAAGUAUCAAGGUCUGUGCUGUGUUCCACCCAGAUCCGCUCUCAGUCUUUGGAUGUAUUUUGCAUAGGUACCAGAAGCAGCCUCCUCAGGAACCAUCUGUGAAUAGAAGAUCUCAGGUGGGACACAGGAGCUACUACUCCUGCCUCAAAUGAUAAACUGUCUUUCUUUUGCUCCUUCUACUCCCUCACUCCUGACCUCCUUUUCUACCAAGCAGUCAUUUCUCACACAGAGCAAAAUCGGCAUAGGCUUUUUGUUUAAAUCAUUCUGUUCUUGACUGUAUCUGAAGGGAGACCUGCAGAUUACCCUCUUCGUGUGGGCAGUGUUAUUUUAGGCCAAUUUUGAUAGAGUCCUUUCCCUCUUUCCAUACCCUGAAACCUGUGAGUUUCUAGAGUUUUAGUUUGACAAACUGGGAAGAGAAACACAUAAAUCUUACAGUAAGACAGAUCAGUAGAUUUAUCCCAAGGCAGUGUUUCGUGGGUCAGCCUUGUCCUCCCUGCUGUUUUAUUACCACUCUGCUGUACCAGGGGUCUUCAGCCUGCUGCCUGGCCCCUUGACUCAGCUCUUAGCUUCCCUAUUUUAUUCUCUGCUUUUGUAUUUUUCUCCUAUCAAAUGCAGAAACACAUUGCAGUCUGGUCUGCACUGCAGGAGAAACCAAGCCUUCCCCGUAAGGAACAAGGAAUUUGGGGAGUCUGAAUUUGCAGGGCAAGUUCCAGUAGGUAGUCUGUAGUUACUGCCAGGCAUAUCUUGUGGAGAUGUGUAGUGGUGGUAGUGACCAUCCACCCUUUUGUCUUUUUUAAUACCUGGACCUAAGAUCCUGUAAGGCUAGAGAGGCCUGGAUUGCAGAACAGCAGGGGUGUGUGUGUGUGGGGGGGGUGCUAGCAGGAGGAUGGGAAAACUGAAAGCCCAGAAACAAAUGAGCCGGGCUUGGAGUGGCUGGGCUUGGAAAACUAGGCAGGAAAAACUCAAACCAGGAGGGAAGCCCCUGAAGCUUUUCCUAGGAGAUGGCAGAAUGAAAGUGGUUGAUAUUUAAAGAGGAUUCUUGGAGGAUGAUUUUCCUCCAGUUUUCCCUAACUUCUUGUGAAUCCAACAGUAGAUUUUUGUACACAGAUGUACAAGUCAGGAUGUUUUCUCUCAAUUAUCCUAGAAUUAACCCUUAUUAAACUGUGUUCAAGUAAAGCCUAUUUUUUCCCUUUUCCAUCUUUGCUUGCUGGCAAAAUUUGCUUGCUGUUUUUUGCUUGUAAUUGAGAAUGUGUGCAAAAUAUUUAACUUAUUUCCUGUAUGGUAUGAAACCUGUGAUUAUUAAUAUAUCAGCUUGUUCCGGUCUCUCUUUACAUAUAGCUUAAAUCUUAGAAGCAUAAUUUGAAUAAUGUGACAUUUGAAGAAUAUGAAACUUUGCAUAUUGUUGCUGUCUCGUGAAGGUAAUCUCAAAAAGAAAAACAUGUCUGUUGUCUUACGUAAUAUUUCUUGCCCCUAGUAUUAAUGUUGAUAUUUUACCUUCCCAACUAAUAUCAGUACUUGUAGAAUUGCUGUCAAAGUAAACAGUUGUUAGUACUUUAUCUUCUCUUAAUAUGCUCAAAGGAGAAAUAAAACCUGUCACUCUGCUGUAUUUCUUGUUUUCACCCAAAUAAAUAAAUAAAUGGAUAAAAUAAA